AUGGACUCCGAAGUUUACACACGUCUGAUAUUCGACGACGAUAAGCUCACUCGAUCCAGGCUGUAUAUCUGGACCAUCAGCUGUCUCAACAAGUUCGUUGCAAGUCUUGACGACACGCAGAAGCAAUGGAAGUUCUUCCGCGAAGCCCGAAUCGACCCAGUCUGGUGUACUGAAGAGGCCACAGACUGGGAGAUGUUUGAGCAUGCCCAAAUACUUCUGAAGGAGGGUGAACGUUCUCGACAAGGUUUGGAGGAUAUCCAGGCGGAGUUCGGAGCCAAGAUUGGCAUGGUGCAGACGCUUCGCGACGGGCUCUUCAACGCCAGCGCUCUCAUAGAAAGCCGCUCCUCAACUCGACUCGGCCAAAACGUCCAGCUUCUCACUUACAUCAGCAUCUUCUACCUCCCUUUGGGGUUCUGCGUGGCACCCUGGGCCGUUCCCAACAUCAACGACAACAAAACCCGCAUUCCCUUUAUUACAACUACCUCUCUUGUCUGCCUUAUCACGUUUACCGUUGUUUUUAAUCUCAACAACAUCGCCAACGCCCUCGGAAAGACGUACUUCAGCAGAAGACAGAGGCUGGUAGAUGAGAUGAAGGACGACCCCAACUCGGAGUGGCACGAACGCCGCCAGUGGUUUGAGGAGUUCCCCCCGAACAGCGAUCGUAAGACUCACUCGGAAUGA